CAGGCAGAUUCGUGGCAAUCUGGAUCUAUCUCAUUCGGUAGAUUUGAGAAUGAAUCUUUAUGUUGGGAGAGGAGGUCUUCUUUCACACACAACAGAUAUCUUGAAGAGGUUGAGAAAUGCAUCAAGACAGGUUCUGUAACUGAGAAAAGGGCAUAUUUUGAGGAGCUUUUUAGAAGGGCACUUCUAAGCCAGAGUUCAUCCGACUGUCAGGAUGGGGUUGAUUCUCAAGCUAGUAAUGAUGGAUCCGAGAAUAUAGAUUAUGAUGGGGACUUUGAGCAUGUUAAUGAGAUUGGUCAUUCUGCAUGCUUUGUUGAAAAUCAUGACAGAGCAGCCACUUUACUGGAGAAUGGAAAGUAUCAGGCUAGUGAAAAUGAAGGUUAUGCGGGGCGCUUUGAGCAUGUUAAUGAAGUUGGCCAUUCUGCACGCUUUGAUGAAAAUUAUGAUAGCUUAACCCAUUUAUCGAAGAAUGGAAAGUAUCGAGCCGAGAAUACAGGCUAUGGUGGAGAUUCUGAGCGAGUGAAUGAGGUUGGUGAUUCUGCACGCUUUGAGGAGAGUUUUAAUGGAUCAAACAACGGAGACAUCGAAGUCACAGAAUGUGGGGGAGAAGGAUCAAGCAACGGAGACAUUGAAGUCACAGAAUGUGGCAGAGAAGAUAGUAUAAGUUGUCAUUCUGGACCCCAGACCGAUCAAGAUAACAAUAGUUCCGAUGUUCUUCGGAGUGUUCCUGAACGUCUGGAAGCUGAAGCAAAAUUUAAUCUCAGUGCUGGAAAUUCAGCUUUUAAUGAUUCAGAGGUUUCUUCGGGUUCAAAAGCUAAUGUACGUAAUCAAUAUAAAAGCACUGAAGAACAGCCAAUAGCAAGAAAGGUUGUCGCUUCUCGUGCUUCCUGUACAGAGAAAGUUAGCCAUACAUUAUAUCAAAGUGUAAACAGGGAUAAGGAGAGUGUAAAUUCAUGUCAACCAGGCGUGAAACGGAAUGGAUCUAGUUUCUAUUUCAAAACUGAAGAGCGGGCCAGGAAAAGGAAAGAGUUCUUUAUGAAGAUUGAGGAGAAAGUGCAUGCCAAAGAGGAAGAAACACGUCAGCUCCAAGCAAGAACCCAGGAAAACAAAUGUUGACUGCUCGUUUGAUUUACGGUGUGCUAUGGGAAGGAAAAGAAAGAAGCAGAGAUCAAACAGCUAUGGAGAAAUCUCAAUUUCAAAGCAACUCCCAUGCCCGCCUUCUACCGUGAACCUGACCACCGCUCAAAAAAAAUCAAGGUAUUAUAACAGGUCUCAAAU